UUCACUAUAAAAAAAUGAAAGAUGCCAAAGUUGCUGCAUGCAAUUUACGGAUGAUUGAAUGCGUACUCGAAGCGGCACCGCAGCUUGUACUACAAAUAUACGUGUAUAUCUUAACGUCACAUACACAACAUGAAUCUUGGCACAUAGGUAAACUCUCGUACAAUAAAGUUAACGUUUUUUACAUAAUUUUGUAUCCUUUAUUAAUUUUAUUAGUGAUUUCUUUAGAGGGACCGAUUAAGGGAAGACAAGUAGCUGCAAUAUUGUCAUCAUUUGUGGGUCUAGCCUGGUCAUAUGUUGCAUUCGAAAAGGUCAUUAGAUUAGGUUUUAUAUUUUGCUUUAUGAAAUACGAAUAUCAUACCAAAAACUAUAAAGUGCUAGUUUACUACAUCAUUACCUAUUUAGAAAAUUUUAUAAUGGUUGGUUUCUGGUCUUACUUCACCGAUGCCAAAGGAGAGUGGUUUUAUAUACCAACGUUUUUUGUUAUGCCUCUAGGAUUAGUGUUGUGGCUGUUUUCUGGGCUCAUGUACUUUGGAUAUUUCCAUCCUUCAGGUGAAAGAAAAAUACCGUUCUUUUCUCAAAUGGGAAUAAACUCGUGUUACCAAUAUUUGUGUCAUGACUCUUGAUUAAAAAUGACGAAAUAAAUACCAUAUAAAACAACAUUAUUUAAACAUUAAGGAAAAGACAUUAUUUCGAUUUUAUAUUUAUAAUGCACUCAUUUUUUCCAUAUCUCUUUUUUAAUCAAAGCUUUCGCAUGAAAUUAUUUUGGGGCCUCAAUUGGGUCACCCCGUUUAUUUACCACGUAUUAAGUAUGAGGGAAACGGUGUCAUCCCAGUCAUACCUUUUUUGAAUACACAAAGUAUAUUUUAUAUGAUAAUUGUGUUUAUAUAAAUGAUAUCCUUUGAUCACAUAUGUCAUUCUAAUUUUAAGCGGUUUUUAAAACCAAUACAAGUAAGUAAGUUUUUUUACUCUUUUCUAUUUUAAAAACAAUAAGCAAUGCUUAAAUCCUUAGUAUGAAUGAUUUACAACAGAAAACAUCAUAUCAAAAUUAUUUCAGUUCUCUCAGAUAUAAAUACGCUUUAAAUUUUGUGACAUUCCCAUAAUAAAUGUAAAACUGUUUAUUAGUAGCAGUUACAAAAAGUACUUAUUUUGUUGUAAACAAUUUUCAUUUUAAACAAAAGGAAAUUUGUUGCUAAAGUUCUAAGCUUUUGUAUGGAUAAUUUUAUUCCCUGUUUUAAGCUUCAUGUUAUUGAAAGAAAAUCACAGGUUUGCGCGUAACCUGAUCUAAAUAUAUAAGAAUGGAAUACAGCGAUUGAAAACAGUUUAGUAUUGGAUUUAAACAACACUAUCACUACUCUCCUGCGCAUCGGUCGAAUGUUCCACUAUCGCUCACGUCUUACCUCAUGAAAAUUACUUUAUUUUACCAAAACACUUUAGAUUUUUAUUACAAGAUAAUUCACUGAUAAUUCAAACUGGGAGGUAUGGUCAAAAUAGAUUGCCACAUAAUGAAAUAUAUUGUCUUUGCUGUAACAAUGUUGAUAUAGAGGACAGUUACCAUUUCUUAUUGAUAUGCUCAUGUUUCUUAGAAAUUAGAAAAAGGUUUAUUAAAAAACAUAUGACUUUAAAUGACCUUCCAUGACAAAGUUUAUUGAACUACUAUGUAACAAUCAAAAUGUUAUAUUAUUUAAUCUGGAAAAAUAUAUAAAAUAAUCAUUAAAUUACAGAAAUACUAAUAUUAUUGUUAAUUCUGUCAGAUAAAUUUGAUUAAUGAAUAUAUAUAUCCGUAUUAAAGAAUAUACAAAUUCCAUUUAACAUUUUAUGUAAUGUGAUGAUAUGUCUGUUAUGCAAACAUGUAUAUUUAAUUACGUUUAAAACAGAAUAAUUAUGUUCAACAGUAUGAUAUCAUUUUUUGUUGAUUUGAAAUAACGUUCUAGAAUAAUUACUAACGUCAUUACAAUGUAAUGUGACAUUGUCUUUAAAGUUUGUUUUAAUUCAUUGAAAAUUAGUAUUGAAAA